GUUUUGGUGUGGCGCCUGGGUUCACCGCCGAUGACACCGUCCCUGGCAGCCAUUUUCCUGCCGAUGUCGCUAGAGAGGACAGCGCUAGUGUCCUGCUGCUCGUGGAGUGCAGCAUGGAGUACAUCACAAUCAAGUACAGCGUCGAGAACUGCUGCAAUGGAAGCCCUGGAAAUGACAAUCCUCUUGGAAGUGACAGGAAAAGAGCCAAUAUGCCAUAUCAGACUGAAACAUUUAUGGUGGAGCUGUGCUUUGUAGCUAAAAUUCCUGUGAGUGCCAUUGCAAUGGCACUGAAAGAGGUUAGGAAUUGGAGCACUCCACCAAGCAGGGCUGCCGGUUAGUUCGCCAAUCAUUUUUUCACAACAAUCCUUCAAUUUUUUUGGACUUGGGUGCAGGGAUUAGGCUGUAGAGGAUUUCACUCUACCAUUCGAGCCGCAAAGAAUGUUUCCACGACAAUGAUUUUCAAGCC